CUAAAGUAUAAGCGAUAUUUCUGGACCAUCUUCUCCAUCUCGCAGCAGCAGAGAGCAGCUGCUACGCUACAUCUCUCCCUUCUCCAUGGCAUUUCCCACCUCCGCCUCACUUUCCUACAUUCCCACCUCUCUUCCUCUUUCUUCAUCUUCGUCCUCGUCCUCCUCCACUCGACCGGUCUUUCCCUGCCGCUCCGCCGCUCGCCCACCACCUCCUGCGGCCGAGUCCCCCUCUAACGAAAAUCCUAACCCUUCCCUCUCAGACCAACUCCGACCCCUCUCCCUCACUCUCCUCAAGCAAACCUCCCCCCUUCUCCUCACUCCUUCCAAGCCGAACCCAACCUGGACAAACCCCUCUAAACCCAAAGUCCCCGUCCUCCUUCCCCACCGCCACCCCCGCCCUACCCACUCAUACAACCCCGAUCUCCGCCGCCUAUCCCUCUUAUCCCGUUCCCUUUCCGUCUCAUCCUCCGAUGACGACUUCGACACCGCCUUCCCAAACCCCCUUCCCCAUUCCUCCGCCCUCCUCCUCCUCAACUCCCUCCGCCCCUGGCACAAAGCCCACCGAUUUUUCCUCUGGCUCCAAUCAAAAUCCCCCUCCUCCCCUCUCGAAACCAUCUUCUACAACGUCGUUCUCAAAUCCCUACGUGCUGGCCGCCAAUUCUCCCUCGCCGAAUCCCUAGCCAAUGAAAUGAUCCACAUUGGCGUACCCCUCGACAAUAUCACCUACUCCACCCUCAUCACCUGUGCGAAGCGCUGCCGCCGCUUCGACCGUGCAAUCUACUGGUUCAACAAAGUCUACCAAGCAGGCCUCUUGCCUGAUGAAGUCACCUACUCCGCCAUCCUCGAUGUCUAUGCUGAGCUUGGUCGGCGAGAAGAGGCCGUCGCGCUCUACGAGCGGGCACGCGCCAGUGGCUGGACACCGGAUCACGUGCCUUUCUCCGUCCUCGCGAAGAUGUUCGGCGAGGCUGGGGACUAUGAUGGGAUUCAAUACGUGCUUAAAGAGAUGAAGAUGCUUGACAUGAAGCCUAAUGUCGUGGUGUUUAAUACUCUGCUUGAUGCGCUAGGGAAGGCUGGGAAACCUGGUCUUGCACGCAACCUGUUUGACGAAAUGCUUGCUGCCGGUUUGACGCCGGAUGAGAAAACUCUUACUGCGAUGAUUAAGAUCUAUGGGAAGUCAAGGUGGGGGAGGGAUGCGCUUGAGCUUUGGGAUAGGAUGAAGGCGAAUAAGUGGCCUGUGGAUUUUAUUUUGUAUAAUACGUUACUAAGCAUGUGCGCUGAUCUUGGGUUGGAGGAGGAUGCAGAGAAGCUGUUCGAUGAAAUGCAGCAGUCGGGCAGCGGUCAGCGGCAGCAGCCGGAUAGCUUUAGCUACACAGCAAUGAUCAAUAUAUAUGGCAGCGGUGGGAAGCCCGACAGUGCACUGAAGAUGUUUGAUGAAAUGCUUGAGAGAGGAGUUGAGCCUAACGUUAUGGGAAGCACCUGUCUGAUUCAAUGCCUGGGAAAGGCUAGGAGGAUUGAUGAUGCUGUGCGAGUAUUUAACGUUGCAAUGGAGAGAGGGAUAAAGUGCGACGAUCGACUCUGUGGUUGCUUGCUCUCGCUUGUGGCUUUGUGCGACGAAGCCGAUAUGAGCAAGGUAGUUGCUUGCUUGGAGAAGGCUAACCCAAGGUUGGUUAGGUUUGUGGCGAUGUUGGGUGACAAAGGAGCGCAGUUCGAGGAAGUUAAGGAGGAGCUAAGGGGGAUUCUAAAUGAAGCAAAUGUUGAUGUUCGUAGGCCAUUCUGCAAUUGCUUGAUAGAUAUAUGCAGGAACAGAGGAUAUCCCUCUCAAAGAGCCCAUGAGAUUCUGCGUUUGGGAACAAUGUAUGGAUUGUAUUCUGGGUUACAUACCAAGGGCUCAAAAGAAUGGCAUUUGAAUCUGAGGUCUCUAUCAAUUGGCGCAGCCAAAACUGUUUUUGAAGAAUGGAUGGAGACUUUGUUUGAUUCGAUUAAGCAUGAGGAGACAUUGCCUUUGAUUUUCUCUGUUCAAACUGGCUCUGGAGCUCACAGAUUCUCCCAAGGACUGGCCUAUGCUUUCAGCUCAUAUUUGGAGGAGUUAGCUUCUCCAUUCAGGCAGAAUGGAGAGAUUGGUUGUUUUGUUGCUAUGAAGGAAAAUUUGAUAUCAUGGCUGAGGUCUAGAAAUUCUUCAGAUGGUGACAAGCAGAUUGAGGUGUAAGCAAUCUUUCAAUUCUUCUAAUGUUAUUUAUUUCAUGAAGCGUCUCACUUUUAUGUUUUUUUAUCCAUAAUUAUGAAAUUUUUGCCAAGGUUAAGUUUCUUGUCA